AUUUUGCCCUCCAGCAGACCUAUCAGGCAGUCGAAACGUACUCUCUGAUCGUCAAAUUGCGAUCACUAAGAUACUGACGUACACUACUCUAGUAAAGAUUGAAGUUAAGGUUAGGCUUAUUAUGUCUGUGUUGUGAUUGGUAUACUCAGGUCCUUUGGAAUGAGUUGGAGCUUGUCCUUGGAGGUAAAAGUCAGGGCAAAAUGUUAACCACCUGAGCGCGGGAAUUUACUUCCUGCUUCCUUGGGUUUGACGCAGUGGCGGGUUCAGUUUGCUGCCGCGUCCAACUAUCACAUCCAGUAGACACAACCAGAGAAAAGUAGGUAAACUCCGAGUUACUCCGAUAUUUGAACGACUAUGGAAGAAAACCAGCCGCCGAGGCCUGAUCAUUUAAACAGCGGCAUAACCAGAAAGAGAGAGGACUACCUGGAAUGGCCAGAAUACUUUAUGGCUGUCGCCUUUCUGUCAGCCCAAAGGAGCAAAGACCCAAACUCACAGGUGGGAGCAUGUAUCGUGAAUGAAGAGAAUAAGAUAGUUGGCAUUGGCUACAAUGGUAUGCCCAAUGGCUGUGAUGAUGACCUCCUGCCAUGGUCCAGGUCUGCUAACGACUGGCUUGACACUAAAUACCCUUAUGUGUGCCAUGCAGAGUUGAAUGCCAUCAUGAAUAAGAACAGUGCUGAUGUGAAAGGGUGCACCAUGUAUGUGGCUUUAUUCCCUUGCAACGAGUGUGCCAAGCUCAUCAUCCAGGCAGGUAUUAGGGAGGUGGUCUAUCUUUCUGACAAGUACAGUGACACACCAGGGAUGGUUGCUUCCAAACGGCUGCUCAGCAUUGCAGGCAUACUAUACAGGCAGUUCAAGCCCAAGAGGAAUGAGAUUGUCAUUGAUUUUAAUUCCAUUAACCGCUCUGGAAUGCUGAACAGCCUAACCAAGUAAAAACAAACGGCUCACCUUGGGGAACAACCGAAUGAAUGGAGGAAGCAGUGGAAGGGACUUUAAUUCCUGUUUUCUCCUUGCCACCCUGUUUGUCUAAAGGACAACUCAAGGAUAGUUUGACUUUGGAGUUAUUUGAUAUUUUGAUUAAUCAAGACACUUAAGAUAAUUUACUUUGAUGCUUUGCCCCUUGUGGCUGACUCUGGCAGAAGGUCUUUAGAUGGUACUUCCACAGGUUUUUUUUUCUUUCAAUUUCCCUUUGGGUUUAGGAAUACACAACAACACACUUCUGACUGUUUAAAACCUUAUGUAUUGUGAAACAGUCUUUCCCCUUGAAAGGUUUAAGGUUCCAGGCUAAAGUAGAUGUACCUUGAUAUUCAGUUCAUUUGGCCUUUCACAUUCACAGUGGAAGCUACCCAGUAAAUUAGUCUUGUUGUAUACAUGUUUGUACCCCUUAACCUCAUUUUUACACAAUAUAUAUACAGUAUGUUACUGUGAUGUUACUAUGUGCACAUGAAAUUUUUAAUAUAUACCCUGUAGAUAUGGAUCUUGGUUUCAAUAACCGUUCUACCAUUGUGUUGGGUGAGGUGUUGCUUUCUUCAGUUCGUGAUGCAAAGUUUCUGUAACUGCUGUUUCUGUAUGUUGACUUGACUUGGACUAUGUAUUUUAAGCUUCCUUCACAGUACCAAGAGAGAGACAUCUAAAAAUGUGCAUUUACCAUGUUGUCUUUGAAAACUAACUGCCAUUAAGCUGACAACAGUUUAUACUUUUGUUGUUGUACUGUUUAAUAUGCAACACAUGAAAGCUAUUCAUAAAUUCAUAACUUACUAGGCGUUGGCAUGUGUGCUCUCACAUACAUGAUUGAGAAAACCUUUUCAGGUCAGUCUUUUAUCAGUUUUCUGGUUGGACAUGUUUUUUCAUUAUUAACUUUGAAAGUCUAAACACACCAUUUAAGCUACAACAACUGAAAUGAGGAAGUACCUAUAUUAAUGAAAAUGUUACACAUUUCUGCUGAAGUGUCAGAGAACUUCAACAAAGUGGUUACCCAGGCUUUAUAAAAGAAAACCAUACAUUAUUUUGAUCAAAUAAGGAAACAUUUCCUGUUAGUUCAGGGUUUUUAUGCCUGUGCAUCAAAUUUUCUUACUUAAAGUUAAUAAAACAUGAUGUAUAAAUAAA